AUGGCUACUGCUCAGAUGCACAGGAAUUGUAUGAGUGCAGUGAUAUUUCCCAAUAAGAUUUCAACUGAACAACAAUCUUUAGUAUUGGUGAAGAGACUCCUAGCUGUUUCUGUAUCCUGCAUAACAUACUUGCGAGGAAUAUUUCCAGAAUGUGCCUAUGGAACAAGAUAUUUAGAUGAUCUUUGUGUCAAAAUUCUGAGAGAAGACAAAAACUGUCCAGGAGCCACUCAGCUGGUGAAAUGGAUGCUAGGAUGCUAUGAUGCUUUGCAGAAAAAAUAUCUAAGGAUGGUUGUUCUGGCUGUGUACAGCAAUCCAGAAGACCCCCAGACAAUUUCAGAAUGUUAUCAGUUUAAAUUCAAGUAUACCGGCAAUGGACCAGUUAUGGAUUUCACAAGUAAAAACAAAGGCAGUAAUGCCAACCUCUCAUCAUCUGAUACAAAGAAAGCAAGUAUUCUCUUAAUUCGCAAGAUUUACAUUCUGAUGCAGAAUAUGGGACCUUUACCUAAUGAUGUCUGUCUGACGAUGAAACUUUUUUACUAUGAUGAAGUAACACCAUCAAAUUACCAACCUCCUGGUUUCAAGGAAGGUGAUUGUGAAGGAGUAAUAUUUGAUGGGGAACCCAUGUACCUAAAUGUGGGGGAAGUUCCAACACCUUUUCAUACUCUGAAAGUGAAAGUGACAACUGAGAAAGAACGAAUGGAGAACAUAGAUAAAGCCAUACUAACACAGAAACAGUUAAAAACCCCACUACAGAAAAUCCUGAUGGACAGAGAAGAUCUAGAAGCAGAGGAAGAGUUCAUGAAUGAAGAUUUCGUCACUAGUGAUAAAAUGAGAGAGCAGGAAAAAAAUCAUGAGCCUUUAGAAUUUGAAGAAUUAAGUUUAGCUUGUGAAGAAGAUGAGAUUAUGAGGUCUGAAGAAAGUCCAGAUCAUUCCAUCUCUCCUUCUCAGGUUGAACAGUUGAUCUGCAAGACAUCAGAACUUGAUGUGUCUGAAAGCAGAACAAGAAGUGGGAAGGUUUUUCAGAGCAACAUUAUUCAUGGAAAUCAGUCAGUGAAGACUUCUAAAGAAAAUAAGAAGAGGAAUCGAUCUGAAUCAGGGAGAAAGGUCCUCCAAUCCUUUGAACAUUCCAGUGGUCAAGACUCAGUACCGAAAAGGAGAAAAUUUAGUGAACCAAAGACUUUCAUAUAG